CCAUCUAUUCCCAAUUGAAUAACUUUUUUGGAUGCUCUAUAUAUAAUAUGUUAUAGAUCUGGACACAUGGACGUUUCUAUCAAGUACAUGAAACUUUUUGCCCAUAUUUGUAUAACUCAGUUUAUAGGAAAAUCAACAUCAUCAUGGAUGGUGUAGUUAUAGAAGGUGGAGCAAAAAUGAAGAAAGAGCAAGGGGAUUAGGGUUCUUUCAGUCCUUGAGAAGGUGGGAAAUUGGAAGAGAAGGAAGAAAAAAGGAAGGCAAAAAGCGCAAGGUGAUGAUCAAAUGAAGUGUGCAAGUGCAAUCAUUAGUUCUAAAAGCUGGUUAGAAGCUACGGUUGCUGGGAUUGGUAAGUUUUUGAGUCGGUUCUCCUUCCCAAAGAGUUUACAGGGCUUGAGCUGUGAAAAGCUUGACGAUCCAUCUUCUGAACCUCAUGGUGGCGCUCAAGAGAAGUCUUUUGAGAUUCACGAUGCACCAUCUGACGAGCUCCUUUGGGGAAGUACAAAUUAUCGAUGCUACUUGCUUGGUUCUCUAUCUUGCAUUAAUUUCACUCAUCCCCAUCUUGCAUCCUUGGUUCUAUCUAAGGGCCUGGAUAGAUCCAGACGAAAUCAUUACUCUAGGAGUUGGAAACCCCAAUUGCGGUUGAUGAUUUGGGAAAGUCUCGAUGAAGAUUAUAGCAACUCAGACAGAACUGCUCUUUUCAAAGCUACAAAGGAAGAAAUCAACUCUAGAAAAGCAAAAAGAAACCUGGAACUUCAUUCCCGUCUAGAGAGAAGCUUCUGAUCCGGGCUGGACUGGGUAUGUCUGGGCUAGACUGGACUUUUAACAACUUCAACUGCUCAGUUUCAGUUGUAGGUCGAUACCACAGUUCAAUUUUGGCAGAGCUUUAAUAUACUCCAAGCUUUGGGAGGCUUUUGAGAGGGCAGAACUGCAGCUUUUUUUGUUUGAAGGGACAGAAGUGGCCGUUCUUAAGAACCUAAUGAGCUGGAAAGUGCACUGUGAAAUUUGUUGAGGUUUUCAUAUUUGAGAAAACUCAAACUCUGCUUGUCUUGGCUUUUGCUGAACCAAAUUCGUAACGAGAGAGAUCUCAUUUUGAAUGACUUAUUUCUUUAAGUACGAACUUUGGGAAUUAUGAUCUAAAAUGGUUUUUUUUUGUGUGGUUCAAGUGAGCUUUUGGUUGAUUUUUUGGUUGUUUGUUUGAUUGAUGAAAAUUUAGUCUCUUAUUCUGUUCACCCUCUCUAGUAUUUAUAAGGAAAUGCUUUGGAGUAGGGUUUCAUUCUUCUAACAAUGGGCGGCAAAGAUUUCUCAAAAGAUCUUUUUAUUUUUAAAUGCAAAGAAAAAGAAAAGUUUUAAUCAAUUCUGGUAGAUAAGCUCUCAAUAGUCAGUUCUCAAGAUCACUUCCUUGUUUUUCCUGACAGAGAACCUAACCCCUUUUUAAUUUCCAACUGCCCCCCUAUGAGAGCUCAAACCGUGAUGGUUAGUUUGAUUCUCAGUUUGAACAGCUCCCUGUCUUCCUGCUUAUCUCUUUUUGAAAGUAUGACCUGUUUAUAUUUUGGGAGAAUCACCCUUUUGUUGGAGUAGAAAAAAAUAUCUCUAAAUAUUUUAUACAUAAAAUAUAAGGGUUUGAUCUUCUGAUGGCAGAGAUUUUUAGAGAGGUCUUCUUCUAGUUCGCCUGCUUUUGAUUAACAUACUUUAUUAAAUUAGUUGAAAAUGUUGCCUUUUCAAAUGCCAGAGAAAAGAGAUUUCACAUGGGUCUGUUUUUAUUUUUUUCUUUCUUUAAUCAUGCUGGGCCUGUUCUGGUUUUUCUGGAAUCAAACCAAGGGCUGGUUUGCUUUUUUUCUUUUCAAGCCAAGUUUUUGUUUUACCACCUUUUAAUAGAUCCUGGGCUGGGUUCUUUUGGAUUUCCUAUUUAUUUUGUAUGGUUCGGGUCUGGGCCCGUAGUGUUUGGGUGGAGUGUAUAAUCUUGGCCCAAUUCAAGGGAACAUUGGUGGCUGGUUUAAAAAUUGCUAUGGGCUUUGUGACCUUGGACUGGGUGUGCCAAAUUAAGCCCAAACAAUGCCAUGUCCAAAUCUUAUACCUUUGGUCAAUUCCAUUAAAGUAUAAGUGGUCCCUUAUAAUUCCAACCCCAAACAAUCGAAUAUUCCCACA